UCAACUUUUGGAGCAUGUGCGAAUCGUGUGUUUACUCGCCUACCCGAUGCGGCACCCCAGGAAAAGAAGAAGAAGAAGAAGAAGAAGAAGAAGAAGAAGAAGAAGAAGAAGAAGAAGAAGAAGAAGAAGAAGAAGAAGAAGAAGAAGAAGAAGAAGAAGAAGAAGAAGAAGAAGAAGAAGAAGAAGAAGAAGAAGAAGAAGAAGAAGAAGAAGAAGAAGAAGAAGAAGAAGAAGAAGAAAGCUUCGUAGUGAGGGCCGCGAACAUGGCCCUCGCUAGCCCUUUUCCACCUUCUAAGCGACCAGACGGACGGGAUUCUGGUUUCUGAUUUCCCAGACGAUGUAAAUACAAGGUCUAAAAUUCC